GGCGGGCCGCUCCCCAGCGGGAGGACUACGAAUCCCAGCAAGCAGUUUACGGCGUGAGGGCGCCGGAGGAGGAGCUCGGAGCCGUCGGGCCCCGCCGAACCAGAGCAUCUGGGUAGCCCGUUGGGGCAGGAGAUUGUGAAGCUUCUGGGAAAGAACACUUUUUCCUUGCUGACAGCGAAUCUGGCUGAUGGCAGUGGUAGCUCCCAGCGCGGGUCUCCAUGGGGAAGCGUUACUUCUGCGACUACUGCGACCGCUCCUUCCAGGACAACCUCCACAACCGCAAGAAGCACCUGAAUGGGCUGCAGCACCUCAAGGCCAAGAAGCUCUGGUAUGAUAUGUUUCGAGAUGCAGCUGCCAUCUUGCUGGAUGAGCAGAACAAGAGGCCCUGCCGGAAGUUUCUACUGACAGGUCAGUGCGACUUUGGCUCCAGCUGCCGCUUCUCCCACCUGUCCGAGCGAGGCCUGCAGGAGCUGAGCGUCCAGGCGGAGGAGGAGAGGCGGGCCAGGGAGUGGCCGCUGGACGUCGCCGAGCUUCCUGAGGUCCGCCUGGAGGACUGGCUGGAGAAGCGAGCCAAGCGGCUGAGCUCCACCCCAAGCAGCAGGUGGACUCCUGAGGUUCCUCCCAUCUCUCUCAGCUCAGUCUCUGCCCCCAAUCCCCACUGUUUCUUUGGGAGCAUUCCUAGAGCGGGGGCUCAAAGGGCCCGCGUGUUUCUGAGGCUCUACCUUCCUGAACUGGUGAUUCAGGCAGUGGGGGGCCGAGCCCGUGAGAGCCACCGUGUUCCAGUACCCCGUGGGUUGGCCGCCAGUCCAGGAGCUGCCUCCGUCCCUGCGGGCACCCCCUCCUGGGGGGUGGCCCCUGCAGCCCAGCGUCCAGUGGGGCUGAGCCCCUCCUCCCUGCCUGGCGAGCUCAUGAGUCGGCCACAACCAAGAGAAGGGCUUCUACGGCGGACACCGAGGCUGUGCCCCACGGAGCGUCAGAAACUCAAGCCUGGGCCUCUCAGGCCUGCGUGCUCCCUGCCCGCCCCCAGCCAGGUGCAGCCCUGGUCCUGACUCUGUGCCAGGCUGCUCCACGCCCACCCCCUCAGGAGACACCUCAGAGGACUUCCUUCUGGAUGCUUAUAAAGCAAGCCUUGUCACC